UUACACAUAAGAAGUGUGUUUACAUUACCUCGUAUCACAUUUCGGAUGUAUGUAUUUCCGACCACUUCAGGAAAAUAUGAUAUUAUUUAUAAUCACUUUGCACUUGGAUUUAGAACUAACAGCACGUAGCAAAAUUUUAAACGAGAAAAUGAACGCCAUUUUACUUUUCAAUCUAGCUGGAUUUGUCAUUUCUGUUGUAUGAGGAGACGACGGUUCAUGUCUAACAAAAGCAUGUAACAACAAAAUGACAGCGCCAUUGCUUGAUAAUCAAAACGCACCUCUUGUAGCGAUGAUCGACCUGUCAAAAGCUGAUGAACACGUCAAAGAGUAUGUCAACACAGCUUUAGAAACAAAAAUGGCGAAUCUAGUUAAAACGAAACUUGAAGAUGUUUUCAAAUCACUAAAGAUUGAGGAAGAUGUUAAACUUUAUGUUGACGAAGUAAGACAAAAUGUGACUUUAAACAUCACGGACGAUAUUAAACGAAUAAUAGAGGAGGUUAUUGAACGAAAACAAAUGAAGCCAGCUUUCUUUGCAACAUUAAAGGCAACUCAAAACCUUGGAAGAAAAGACGUGCUAAAAUUUUCAAACGUAGUAACCAAUAUUGGAAGUGGUUAUGACGUCAACACGGGAAUUUUUAGAGCACCAAAGACGGGUGUAUAUGAGUUCUCUGCAAAUUUCAUUUCAAAUGGUGACAUGUGGCUUGAAAUAAACUUAAUGAAGAAUGGACAUUUUAUAGCUCGGGGUCAUUGUGCAAAGACACAUGGCGUUGCUGGAACACUCCAAGUAAUACUGGAACUACAGAAAGGUGACACGAUAUAUCUUCAACAUCCACGAGAUUCCGGAUCGGUUUACGGUGCCGAUUACUCCAUGUUUUCUGGACACAUGCUUUGAUAAGAAGUGUAACUGAUCCAUGAAUUAAUUUGAUACCAUUGUGUUAUUGUGUUUUAUUUGAUUGUCAUUGCCUAAAAUAUAACGCUUUGGUACUGGCAUGAUUUAACUGUAAUUUUUCAUUUUAUGAAUUAUGGAAUUGUUUGAAAACUGAGGUUGCAGAUAUAUUUGAUCAUAUUCUGUUUUUAUCUAGACCUGCUGUUGACGUACUCUAAAGUAUUUUAUCAUUUUGACUUUAAACUUUUUUUCGAACAUACCUUAAGAAUGAUUUUCCAUAAACAUGUUAAAGAAGUGUCUUUCGCACUACAAUUGGUACACUAUUAAUGCCGAAUUAAUGUAUAUAUCUAUAUUAAAAGUCAAUCUGAAACUUUUCCUCUGUUAAUCAAGAUACUUAAAACAAUUUAUAUUCACAGGAAAUCCAGUUGUCUAUAAGUUUCAAAUUCGUCAAUUGAUCAAGACAAAAAGACCCACGUAAUUACAUUUAAUAUUUUAAGUAUCUUGUUCAUAUUUCAUUAUGAACUUUUUAUUUGAUAAUAUUUAGCGUCAUAUUCAUAUUCAGUUUGAUAAAUAAUAUAUUCUUUCUGUUCAGCAUUUAAGAAGACGGACAAAAGAUUAGUUGUUAUGAUAAAUUUAAAAGUUGAUUUAAAACAGUAAUAAUAUAAUGGUUGCACAUUUAAGAGCUAAUUAUUUGUCAAUGAAUAAUAUUUGUAAAAAAAAAUGGUUGGAAAAUGCCUUAAUAUUCAUAUAUAAUGCAUGCUUUUCUGAAGAUUUAUCGCAGGUUAUGUAAUAUAUUGUGUUGCUAAUGUCAUGUACUAAUAUACAGUCGCAUUGGGAAUAGAUCCUCCCCGUUUUUUUCAAAUUUUCCAAUAAAUAAGAUAAUCUAUCAACUCCAAAAAUACAUACCUUUUCGGGGUUUUUUUUGGGUUUUUUUUGUUGUUUUUUCUGGUAGAUGGUUUGUAUGUUCAAUCACUCAACCAACUAGAAAUUACAAAUUUUAAAUGCUUUGAUAGAUUUUUUUUAAAUAAACACAAAAAGGGGACCCAUUCCCCAACUGUCUGUGUACUAAUAAGCUUUAUCUGUUUGAAGUCAUGAUUAAUUGAAAUGAACUGAAAUAUCUUAACGCCAUACAUUGUAUUAACCACUUACUUUGAAUACAUAUUGUAACUAGUUGGUAUAAUGUAAUAAGCAAACAUAUUUAAUAAAAACAUUUGUAAUGUUAUACCAAUAAAUCAUCGGGAGAUGCGGAUUUCAUAGAUUGAUGCAAAUUAUGAAUACAAGUACUGAAUUACGGUACAUAGAAUGAUCGUAUUAAGGAUACAAUCUUCAAAAUGAGUAAUUGAUGAUAAAAGGUUACAAAAGCUCUAGUACAUGUACAUUGUAUCAUCUUGAAGAUAUAUACAGCAUAUACAAUCGCUGCUCGAAUGUUGCUACAUAGAAAUGGAAAGUUUGAAAUGCGAAAGCAAAAAAUCAUAACUUGUAUCGUAAAAUUGUGUUUUCAUCCAAAAAAAUGUACAAUAUCUAAAAGUAAACCAAGAAAAAACAGUCA